AUGGCUCAAUCCACCGAGCCGCGGAGGCGGUUCGCUCCCGUUCCCAUCGAGACCACAUUUGAGUCUGUCCGAAAGGCCCCUCUGCAACCUCAGCAAUCGGCGCAAGCGCAGCAGACGCAAAACCAACAGCAACAUCACCAGCCAGGUCCGGCUCCCGAGCCUACCCCCGAACAUACCCCGCGAACCCCCUCUCCCAAUCCCUUCGAGCAGCAAAUGCAGCUGCCCCCGCCGCCCCCGGCACCACAACAACAACAGCCACCACCACCACAAUUACACAAUCUGCAACAAUCACAGCCACCCCGGCGCCGCUUUGCCCCUCAGCUUAUCGAGAGCUCUAGACGCGCACGAAGAGAAGGAGACGCCGGGCCCGCCACGCGACCAACCGACAAGACCGACAUCACACCCUACACGAACCACAUCUACCUCCAACGCAACAAGUCGAGGCGGAAGCCGAACGAUGGCACCUCGUCGCCCUCUUCCCAGCAAAUCCAACGACAGCCCAAGGGCGCAAGGAGGGAGUCGGAGGACGAGAAUGCCGGCAUCUACAUGUUGGAAUGGGCCGCCAUGGAGGCCGAGAGGCAGAUGCAGGAGGCAGCCCUCGCUGCGUUCCCCAACAGUCGUCCGCGUGAGGGAGGUGCCGCCCAUUUCUACUUCAGGGAGAGCUCGGGAGACGAUAGCACUCCCGAGAGCGUUUCGCCCCAAGCAACCGGCUCCGAGUCCAAGCCGCGUGCCCGUCACGCCCACGGCCCCCGCCGCAAGUCGUCGGAAGUGGGAUACUGGCAGAAACACAUGCAGAAACAUGCCGAGACGCUGGCUGUCGCCAGGGGCGAGCACGCUCCGGUCUUUGACGACGACGAUGAAGAUGUCCACAACGAUUCAGAGCUUGACAAGAUGGAGCUUGAUGGGCCCCCCGAUGCCAUGUGGUUGACCAACAAGAGAAACCACACAACCGACACCAGUCUCCCAAAGGGUCCAUUGGAACCGAUUGGCGAAUCGCUCAUGCCGUUGAUUGCCCCCGCCCCCGUCAUCACCGACGAAGCUCGCCGGUCAGAGCUCCCCCUGCCAGAGCCGGCCACUAAGCCAAUCAGUGAGGCCGCGAUGCCUUACAUCCCACCUGCUGCAGUGAGCAAGCCGGCCGAGGUCCCCAUUGCCGCACCUGCGCAGAUCGUCCCCGAGACGGGUUUCCGAAAGGCCGGUGGGGGCGGUUUCGGUAGACCAUUUGGCAAUUUCGGACUUCCUCCUGAGACCAGCGAGUUCCGCAAGAUGCGCAAGGCCGCCUCGCCGCCGAUGCUGGGCAAGGACCUCGUCUUCCGAAAGUGUCCCUCGCCGAAACAGACAAAGCUCGAGCCGGAUCACCCUUUCUCAGAGGUCCCGACCGCCGAAGAGAGGAACAGGGAUUGUACGGGAGAAGCCGGCUUGUGGAGGGGCUACUGCUUCCGAAACAGCGAGAGCGAUCAGGCCAUUGUACCAUCCCACCUCCACGGGCCCAGAAUGCUGCAUACGCCACUUCCCCCCACCACAUCUGCCGAUCCUUUUGCUGCAGCAUUCAGCAAGGGGUCUGUGACGGAUGAGCCUGGGUCUCACUAUUCGUCCGCCACCCUCACCCCUGGUACGGUUGAGCACCGUGUCCGAUCUGGCGAGGCCAAGGGUCUUCACAUGCUCGUUGGUCUCGACGAACGCCUUAGGCGCGAAAAGGCCUUGGAAGAAAAGAUCGCGAGCGAGUUCGACGACACCUUUAUCACACAGGUAUACAACUACCUUUCGCUAGGAUACCCCGCCAUGGCACGUUCUUUCGACGAAGAACUUUCCAAGAUUUCGCACAUGAGCAUUGAGGAGCUGGAGGUGGACGAUGUCAAGCAGAUGGCGAGUGGCCAUCUGAUGGAGCCAGCCGAAGCUGAGAUGGCGGAGGAGAAGAGGUGCCCUAGAUGGAAGGCUCUGAAGGCGUACAUCUUCGAAUGGGCACGGCAACACCCAGAUCUAGACAGUCUCGACCCUCUUGCGUGGGGCGUUCGAGAAAGACGAGGCAGCUGGGCUAUAUAA